CGGCCUGCUGGAGCCGGGGUAGGCGAGGUAGCAAGCUAUGCCCGCGGCAUGGCCCGACGCUCCGGCCCUGUGGCGCUGUUCCUCAGCUUCGGCUUUCUUGGGCUGUGCUCAGGGGUGUGGGGUACAGACACGGAGGAGCGGCUGGUGGAGCAUCUCCUGGAUCCUUCUCGCUACAACAAGCUUAUCCGCCCAGCCACCAAUGGCUCUGAGCUGGUGACGGUACAGCUCAUGGUAUCACUGGCCCAGCUCAUCAGUGUGCAUGAACGGGAGCAGAUCAUGACCACCAAUGUCUGGUUGACCCAGGAGUGGGAAGACUAUCGCCUCACCUGGAAGCCUGAGGAGUUUGACAAUAUGAAGAAAGUUCGGCUCCCUUCCAAACAUAUCUGGCUGCCAGAUGUGGUCCUGUACAACAAUGCUGAUGGAAUGUAUGAGGUGUCCUUCUAUUCCAACGCCGUGGUCUCCUAUGAUGGCAGCAUCUUCUGGCUGCCGCCUGCCAUCUACAAGAGUGCAUGCAAGAUUGAAGUAAAGCACUUCCCAUUUGACCAGCAAAACUGCACCAUGAAGUUCCGCUCGUGGACCUACGACCGCACCGAGAUCGACCUGGUGCUCAAGAGUGACGUGGCCAGCUUGGACGACUUCACACCCAGUGGUGAGUGGGACAUCGUGGCGCUGCCCGGCCGCCGCAAUGAAAACCCGGACGACUCCACUUACGUGGACAUCACGUACGACUUCAUCAUUCGCCGCAAGCCGCUCUUCUACACCAUCAACCUCAUCAUCCCCUGUGUGCUCAUCACCUCACUGGCCAUCCUCGUCUUCUACCUGCCGUCCGACUGUGGCGAGAAGAUGACGUUGUGCAUCUCCGUGCUGCUGGCGCUCACAGUCUUCCUGCUGCUCAUCUCCAAGAUCGUGCCUCCCACCUCCCUCGACGUACCGCUCGUCGGCAAGUACCUCAUGUUCACCAUGGUGCUUGUCACCUUCUCCAUCGUCACAAGCGUGUGCGUGCUCAACGUGCACCACCGCUCGCCCACCACGCACACCAUGGCGCCCUGGGUCAAGGUCGUCUUCCUGGAGAAGCUGCCGGCGCUGCUCUUCAUGCAGCAGCCGCGCCACCAUGUCAUGUUUCUUUAGUUUCCUUUAAUCUGGAACAGUUCCUCAGCUUUGUCUUUCAUAACAUAAACAUUUUUAAAGGGUACAGGCUGGGCCGACUCCUGCACGUGCUUCGUCAACCGCGCGUCGGUCCAGGGCUUGGCCGGCGGGGCCUUCGGGGCUGAGCCCGCGCCGGUGGCCGGCCCGGGGCGCGCUGGGGGGCCGUGUGGCUGCGGCCUCCGGGAGGCAGUGGAUGGCGUGCGCUUCAUUGCGGACCAUAUGCGGAGCGAGGACGACGACCAGAGUGUGAGUGAGGACUGGAAGUACGUCGCCAUGGUGAUCGACCGCCUCUUCCUCUGGAUCUUUGUUUUUGUCUGUGUCUUUGGCACCAUUGGCAUGUUCCUGCAGCCUCUUUUCCAGAACUACACCAGCACCACCUUCCUCCACCCGGACCACUCAGCUCCCAGCUCCAAGUGAGACCUUCUGCAUCUCCACGUUCUUUCACCCCUUUGCCCUCUGUUGUACAGUAGUGUUGGGUGGAGGAUGGACGAGUGAGCGACCAGGAAGAGGGACGCUGCCCCCACAGACCCAUCCUUCAGUUUAUCUGGAGCCCCUGCUCCCCCAUACUUCCAUCCACACACAGUCAGCUCCAACCUGGAGGCUGGGCCAGCUUCAUCAUGUUUGGGCUGCUCCCUUUCUUAUGUUGUACCAGGCCAGGCAAUAGUGUUGAUAGUGAAGGAUGAAGGCUGAGAAAUGGAGGAAAGAGAUGUCAGAGCCUUCCACCCUGAAGAAAGAGAGUUGGGGAAGAGGACAGAGUCAUCCACUGCCUCCGUGUCAUGGGAGGAGGGGUGGGGGGACAGGAGCUCAGACUCUGCUGGGCUGGCCUGAUACAAUGGUAGCUCAGAAGGGAGGAGCAAGAGGAAAGAGAGAGGAACAGGAGAGAGGAGCAAGAGGGUAUGAACUGACAUAUGCCCUUGCUUGAAUGGACAGCAGCUGGGCUGGGUGGGCCUCGCAGUGGUCAGUGGCUUCCACCCAGAGGGCUUAGCCUGGCCCUGUGGUCACAGACUCCUGAGGCAGGUUUCCAGCUCGAUCCCAUAGCUCCUUGCUUCUAAGGGAUUCAGAGCCCAGCACCAGGUCCCCUUGUGCCCAGUGAAGAUUUCUCUGCACCCUCUAGACUUCCCUCUCCUUCCUUUCUCUCUCGGGCUCAGGGUGUGGUGGGCAAAGCUGGCUAUUAGGGGAGCCUCUGAGUUCUGAAUCUUUGGGUGACCUGCUGGGAGUCUGAUGUCCAAAUACUAAAACUGUGUGAGAAGUACAAGUUCACAGGCUUUUGGAGCUGGAAGGACAUUUUACAUUCAUGGAUUCCAACGUGAGCCAUGUUCCAGAUGAAGAAAGAGCCUAGAAGGUGAGACACACCCUGGUGGCUCUCUGACCCUUCCUCCCCACCCUGAGAGCCAUCUGUCGGUGCCCUGUUUUUUUCCCACAUUGAACCGACUGCUUGAAGGAAGUAAACUAAGGAUGCUGGCUUUAAGCA